AUGCCUAGCAGAGAUUCAAAACGUAAUCAAUAUGGUAAUUAUAAUAAUUAUGGAUAUGCUAAUGGACGCAAUGGUGGUACAUCACGUAAUCAUGUAAUACCAAGUGAACCUCCAUUUACAGCUUAUAUUGGUAAUGCACCCGAUUCAAUGGUACAAGGUGAUUUUGAAAAUCAUUUAUUUGUUGGAUUAAAAGUUAAACAAGUUCGAUUAGUACGUGAUCGACUUACAGAUCGAUUUCGAGGUAAAUUCAUUUAUUUAUUUGUUAUUCAUUAG